UUCUUCAUCCUCAUCCCCUUGAAGCAGCUCUCUCUCUCUCUCUCUCUCUCUCUCUCUCUCUCUCUCUCCAUUUGGAUUAGCACGUGAAGGAUUAACUGAAGAGACAAUCAGAGAGAGGGGCAUAAUGUCAAGGGAGCGCAAGAAGGCAGCAGCUGCUCUACAGGAGAAGAUGCAGAUUCUGCGCUCCAUCACUCACUCCCACGCGCUGAGCAAUCCUUCCAUAGUCAUGGACGCGUCGGAGUACAUCAAGGGGCUGAAGCAGAAGAUCGCGAGGCUCAACCAGGAGAUCGCACGCGAGGAAGACGCGCACUCGCACAAGCAGAACUCUUUCCCCACGGUGAGCGUGGAAGCCCUAGGGCAUGGGUUCCUCGUGAACGUGUCCUCCGACAAGAGCUGCCCCGGGCUGCUCGUCGCCGUGCUGGAGGCGUUCGAGGAGCUGGGCCUCACCGUGCUCCAGGCCACGGCGUCCUGCGCCGAUACGUUCCGCCUCGAGGCCGUCGGAGGAGGAGAGGUACGUACAACCAGGCGGCGAGUGUGGAUGAGGAUGUCAUCAGGCGGGCGGUGCAGCACGCCAUCACCAACUGCGGCGCGGAGCAAGGGGAUCAGUAGCUAGCUGCUUUACGUGCCCCCACAUAUUCUUCUCGAUCUGCCGGCCCGCCCAUUUGCAUAGUUUCAUGGCUCUUCUCUCGAUCUACCGGAUGAGCUGCGAUGAUAUAUACAUCCAGCUCAAUCUCUAGCAAUUCACCUUGUACUAUCUGUUGAUGAGUGAUGAUGGUAAUUCUAUCGAAA